AUGGGUACGGCAGGAGCCCAGUGUGGCACUCUGGGUCUGGCUGCAGGCUCCAGGCUGCAGUGGAUUUGGAUGCAGCUUUGGGACGGUCGAAACUUGUCAAAGAAUCCUCUCAGCACUCUGUCAUGGCAGCUCUUCCAGCACCUCCAACUCUCCGAGCUGCGUCUGGAUGGCGUGGUGUUCGAGUGCGGAUGUGAUAUCCGCUGGAUCCAGCUGUGGCAGCAGAGAGGAGAGGCCGCGCUCCACACACAGAUGUUGUACUGCAGGAACGGAGCGUCCAAGAUACGACUGCACAACAUGUACAUCAACAACUGUGACUUACCAGAGAUCAGUGUGAGCCACAGCAGUGUGUUGGUGAUGGAGGGCGACAAUGUGACGGUGAGCUGCAACGGAUCCGGAUCACCGCUGCCUGAAGUGGACUGGACAGUCAGCGGGCUGCACUCCAUCAACACACACCUGUCUAAUGUAUACUGGCCGAACAUCCACUCCAUCAACCUGACUCUCUUCAACAUCAGCCGCGAUGACAACAACUUCCAGCUGACCUGCAUCGCGGAGAACGUGGUGGGGAUGACCAACUCCUCCAUCCAGCUCAAUGUCCAAUUUCCUCCUGUCAUUAUGAGACUGGCCGAGCCUGAGCAGCGCCACGACACCUGCAUCGAGUUCACGGUCCGCGGCUACCCUCACCCUAAGCUGCGUUGGUUCCACAAGCACAAAGAGAUCCUCCAGAACGAGUACAUCCGCACCGAGAUGGACUUCUACCAGGACUACCUGGAGGGCUGUCUAACUUUCCAGAACCCGACACACAUCAACAACGGAAACUACACUCUGGAGGCCAGCAACCCUCUGGGAACGGUGACCAAAACGGUGUACGGUCACUUCCUCACGGCGCCGGGCCCCAGCGACGAGGAUAUAGUGGAACUAGUUCCAACGCCAUCAGACGGAGAGUUAGGCCGACCAGAUGAAGACACAUUUGGGGUUUCCAUCGCUGUGGGUUUGGCGGGCUUCGCUUGUGUCCUCCUCCUCGUCCUAUUUGUUCUCAUCAACAAAUACGGCCGGCGCUCCAAAUUCGGUAUGAAAGGUCCGGUAGCUGUGAUCAGUGGCGAGGAGGACUCUGCCAGCCCCCUGCAUCACGUCAACCACGGGAUCAUAACCCCCUGCACGCUGGACGCGGGUCCUGAUGCGGUCGUCAUAGGGAUGACUCGUAUUCCCGUGGUGGAGAAUCCGCAGUACUUCAGACACGGACACAACUGCAACAAACCAGCAACCCUUGUCCAGCACAUAAAGCGGAGAGACAUCAUCCUGAAGAGGGAGUUGGGUGAAGGAGCGUUUGGGAAAGUCUUCCUGGCAGAGUGUUACAACCUCUGUCCCACAAAGGACAAGAUGCUGGUGGCUGUCAAGACACUGAAAGAUCCCAAUCUCUCUGCCAGGAAGGAUUUCCAGAGGGAGGCCGAGCUGCUGACCAAUCUGCAGCACGACCACAUCGUUAAAUUCUACGGAGUGUGCGUAGACGGAGACCCUCUCAUCAUGGUCUUUGAAUACAUGAAGCAUGGAGACCUCAACAAAUUCCUCAGAGCCCACGGCCCUGAUGCCAUGAUCCUGGUCGACGGCCAGCCUCUGCAGUCCAACGGCGAGCUGGGCCUUUCCCAGAUGCUGCACAUCGCCAGCCAGAUAGCCUCGGGCAUGGUCUACCUGGCCUCACAGCACUUUGUCCACAGAGAUCUGGCAACCCGCAACUGCCUGGUGGGCAACGGUCUGCUCGUCAAGAUUGGAGACUUCGGCAUGUCCAGGGAUAUCUACAGCAGUGACUACUACAGGGUCGGAGGACACACCAUGCUACCUAUCCGCUGGAUGCCUCCGGAGAGCAUCAUGUACAGGAAGUUCUCCACGGAGAGCGACGUGUGGAGCUUCGGAGUCAUCUUGUGGGAGAUCUUUACCUACGGGAAGCAGCCGUGGUUUCAGCUGGGAAACAACGAGGUCAUCGAGUGCAUAACCCAGGGUCGGGUUCUGGAGAGGCCGAGGAUCUGUCCUAAAGAGGUGUACGACAUCAUGCUGGGCUGCUGGCAGAGGGAACCGCAGCAGCGACUGAACAUUAAGGACAUUCAGAAGGUCCUGUUCGCCAUGGGAAAAGCCACGCCGGUCUACCUGGACAUCCUGGGCUAGCCGCCCCCCAACCCCCA